AUGAAGGUACUAACAAACCAAAACGCCCCCAGAAACCCCAGGGCCGUGCAGCAGCUCUCCAGCGGAAAAGCACCCGGAUCAGACGCAAUCCCUGCUGAGAUCUACAAACACGGAGGUCCCCAACUCAUGGAUCACCUGACUGCGCUCUUCCAGGAGAUGUGGCGUCAAGGUGAAGUCCCGCAAGAUUUCAAAGACGCAACAAUCGUGCAUCUAUACAGGCGAAAGGGGAACCGCCAAAGCUGCGACAAUCACCGUGGCAUCUCCUUGCUGAACAUCACCGGGAAGAUCUUCGCUCGCAUCCUUCUCAACCGCCUCAAUAACCAUCUGGAACAGGGCCUUCUACCGGAAAGCUAA